GGGCGCGCUCACUGUGACGUCACACGAGAAUGCACUGGAAGCGAGCAAGAGAGAGAGAGGGAGGGGGGGUAAUGGUCAACAACGCUGUCAACCGUUAUCUACAAAUAAAGCCCGCGGACGUUCGGCAGACAUGUCCAACUCAACAAUAACAAACCGAAUGGACAGCAAGCACUCGUGAAGGCUAUGAAUUCCUCUGAGUAUGGGGAUGCUUCAGAUGAAACGAUGCUUGAAAAAGAACACAAGCAUGUUAAAAAAUCUAAAGAGACUGAGGACUUUGCUGUUUGUGAGGCACUGGGAGAGUGUGGGGGAGGAUCUCCUGGGGCCAAUGAGGCUGGUAAACGGACCUCGGCAGAAAUGGAGCCUGACGCUAAGCAGUACUCAACUAGCAAGCGAGUCAGAAUCACAGGAGAGAUGAGGCACUACUUGACAGAUGACGGCAGCCGCCAGGAGCCUCUGUGUCUCAGCACGAGCAAUGUUAAGAGGGACAACAUCCGUGGGAAAUCCAGAGUUUCUUACAGAAAGCCUCUGUUCAGUAUCUCCCACAGGAUCUCUGAGAAGAAGAACACGCCAAGUGUAGAUCAGCAGGCUGAUCAAGGUGCUGGACAUCAGGCUGGCCUCUUCUCUUCCGCUCUCCUAAAUUCAGAAGGAAAUGGCUUACCGGAAGCUUUGUCAAGCCUGGAUGGUUCAGGCCAAGUGUGGUCAAAGGACUCUAACCUCUACCCUUUGAUUGAGAAAAUGUUUUUCAUUCUCAACAGUCUAAGUUCAAGCAUGACUCAGUUGCAUAGCAAAGUGGACCUUUUAAGUCUUGAGGUUAUGCGGAUAAAGAAGCAUAUCAAACCAGUGGAGAUGGUGGCAGACUUCCAACCUCCUCCUGAGUAUCUGCUAACAAGCGAAGAGUUAAAUUCUUUAAUGGAGCAGACAUCCAGUGCUGGGGAGCUGGGGUGUCGCUUACUGGUACAUCUCUUCCCCGAGCUGUUCAAAGCCAGGGAGCACUCCCAUGACUGUGUGACAAACAAGAGAUCACUGGAUUCUCUACAUCUGCAGCUGAUCCGUAACUAUGUGGAGGCAUGCUAUCCAUCGGCCAGGAACCUUAGUGUUUGGCAGGAUGAGUGUCUCCCUCAGCUCAAUGACUUUUUUAAUCGUUUCUGGGCUCAGAGGGACAUGGAAAGCGGUAGGCUGGUAAGGAAGCAGACAAUAGCGGGAGAAGAGAUCACAGCGGCGCAUCCUCAAACCUAUCGUUUCAUAAAUGAGCAGGGUCGUGAGGAGCACAUUCUUCAGAGCAAUCAGCGGAGCAGCUUGGUUGGACCAUUUACCGAUCAAGCCACAGAGGAGCUGGAUGAGCUUGCCUCUCCUGAAGACUUAGUGAUUUUCCUCAUGCAUCGACUCUUCCCCGAGCUUUUUGAACAGGGCAAUAAAAUGCCAGAGGGCUCGAAUUGUUUAAACAGCAUGGGCCAGCUAAUUCUAGACUCUGACAGGAUGGAAAUCAUAAAAACGUACAUGGAAACUAAUUUUCCUGAUGUGCCUGAGGAGAGCUGGCUUCAGGUGUGCAUUCAACACAUGGAGGAUGCACUCUAUUGUCCUCACAGCAACGACAAUGGAAGUGAGCCUGACAACAUCAACGACGAGAGCUACGAUCUGGCCAGCAUUCCUGAGGAAGGUUCUGUCCUGAAGGUUUUGGACAUAUGUGGCAAUGAAAGGACCUCACGAAAGCCCAAAAGGUCACUGCUAUCACCCAUUGAUUUUGACAAUAUGGAGAUCCCUUUACCUAACUUUACUGUUUCACAGGAGCUCCUCUUGUCCAAAGAGCAGCUUAAGUAUAACUAUGAAUGUAGCUUGUCCAUCGGAAACUUCGCCUCCCGCCUGCUAGUUCUUAUGUUCCCUGAGCUCUUCACCCAUGAGAACACCCGGAAGCAGUACAACUGCAGCGGUUCUCUUGGGAAAAAGCAGCUGGAUCCCCUUCGUGUGAACCUGGUCCGUCAUUAUGUGCAGCUGGUCUACCCACAAGCAAGGAACGACAGAGUGUGGACUAUGGAGUUUGUGGGCAAACUUGACGAGAGGUGCCGUAGACGGGACACCGAACAGAGAAGAUCUUACCUGCAGCAUCGAAAAGUGUACAGUCAAGAUGCAGAGCAGGACUUUGUCCUGAACCAGCUCCACCCAGAUGCCUUGAGGGAGGAUCCAGAAAUUCCCUUGUUGCCCCCUGAGAAAAGCAGUAAAGACUUUUGCAAAAUUCCUCUGGAUGAACUAACUGUAUCCAAACCAGACUUCCCGGUCCAGUCAGUUUACCUACUCUCGGAUGUGGAAGUUCGGGAAAUAGUCCAGCAGAGUCUCUCUGUGGGGAACUUUGCCGCACGACUGUUGGUGCGCCUCUUCCCAGAACUAUUCACGCAGGACAACCUGCGGCUGCAGUACAACCAUUCUGGGGCCUGCAACAAGAAACAGCUGGACCCAGCGCGCCUCAAACUUAUCCGUCACUAUGUGGAAACUGUGUAUCCUGUGGAGAAAAUGGAGGAGGUGUGGCACUACGAGUGUGUGCCAAGCAUUGACGAGCGCUGCAGGCGCCCUAAUCGGAAGAAAUGUGACAUUCUGAAGAAGGCUAAAAGGUCAAACAGUGUGUUGUAGUCAGCUUUCCUGACCAACUACCCCCAUCCAGAAAAAUACUUUAUCAUUGCACAGCAUAUAAGCUCAACUUUUACAAACCUGUCCUUUUUUAGGAUGAAGCCAACCUGUCACAUGUUUUCUGUACAAUUCUUAUUUCUAGAUUUAGACUUUUAUUGUUGGAUAAAAAGUUUUGAAAGAUAUUAAAAAAGCCAAAAUUGUCACAUGUAAUCUAACAUAAUUUUCACCUUUGACAACAAUUAAACAAUAGUAGUUGAUUACAUAGUUUUCUAUAUGAACAAAUUGCAAAGAUGUGAUAUAUUUACAACACUGCAGUUUCUGAUGUAACAUUGUGUCACCCGUUUUAAUAACAAUGUGCUUAUAUUAAGCCUUGUGGAUGUUUGUGUUAAAGAAAAUUUAACAUUAAAGAUCACUUAGUUAUUUCUAAUAAAAAUCACAAGACUGUGUUACAUUAAUAA